AAAUACAAAUACGACUUUCCGUAUAGGGUUCCUGCAGCCCCUGGCUAAGCUAAUGUUAGCCAAGUGUUGAGCUAGCUUGGUUUGCAGUUGUUUGGCUGGCUAAUCUUACUAGAGCAAAGCUGUUUGCUAACAUAGCUUGGAUACUCUUUAGCUUAUCAGUCUUCUCAUGUCGCAUGGAUAUCGAAGUAUUCCCCUGAACAGCCAGUGAAACAAGAGGAAAUGGCUGCCUUAGACGUGGACAGCAGUCAAGGCGAUUUUCUGCAGCAAGAUGGUAGCAGAGGAGAUCAGGACGCUCCGCCGUCACCGCUCGCUAUGCUGGCAGCUACCUGCAGCAAGAUUGGGUCGCCAUCGUCAGAGGGAGAUAACGGUGCUGCCGCUGUAGUGACGACAACAGACCUCACCUCCAUCCAGUUAACAGGGACGACAGAACGAUGGGAGGCCUUAACCCCCACAAGUGUAAAAGAGGAGCCGGGCAUCGUGCACAUCCCCAACACAGGGCUUGUGACAUCUAAUGGACAGUACGUACUUCAGAGCCUCCAGAGCCAGCCCAUCUUUGUGACGUCGGGCGUGGACGGCUCAGCCAAUGCAGUGCCUAAUAUCCAGUACCAGGUGAUCCCACAGAUCCAGACGGCUGAUGGGCAACUGGGCUUCUCCACCUCCACGGUGGACGCGUCCGCACUGGGCCAGGACGGCGUUGGGCAGAUCCAGAUCUUGCCCGACGGCAGCCAGGCCAUAAGCGUGUCGUCCUCCAGCGACCUCCUUACCAACCACCAGAACCUCAUAUCACAGACUGGCCACGUCCAGCAGAUCCAGGGAGUUUCUCUGGGCAGCUCUGCCUUCAACAGCCAAGGUCAGGUUGUCACUAAUGUGCCUGUAGGCUUGCCUGGGAACAUCACCUUUGUCCCCAUAAACAGCGUGGACCUGGACUCAUUAGGGCUGUCGGGGGCACAGACGAUAGCCACGGGGCUCACUGCCGACGGACACUUCAUAAUGGCCGGCCAUUCGACAGACGGCUCGGAGAAGGUGGGCGAGCCCAUCACGCUAGCGGCUAGUGGUGACCCCACUGCCACCCACGACAUGUAUGUGCCUACGACGUCCUCCGCGUCAGCUGCCAUCCCGUCCUCCACCGUCACCCACCUGCCCGAGACAAUAGACGGCACAGGGGUGCUCACGCAGGCCACUGCCGUCUCUGCUGGCUCAGAGCAGGUGGACACCUCGGGCCUGGGCGAGGGGUUCCUGCAGCAGCAGCAGAACCAGGUGCAGAGCAUCCAGGUGUCCUCGGGCCAGUCUAUUAUCCAGCUGCAGCAGGUGCCCAUGCAGAGCAGCGAUGGCCAGGUGCAGGGUGGUGCGCAGGCCCUGCAGAACGUGCAGCUCAUCAACCCAGGCACCUUCCUCAUCCAGGCUCAGACGGUAACGCCCAGUGGCCAGAUCCAGUGGCAGACCUUCCAGGUGCAGGGUGUGCAGGGCCUGCAGAACCUCCAGCUGCAGACGGCGCCGACGCAGCAGAUAACGCUGGCCCCCGUGCAGACGCUCUCCCUGGGCCAGGGCACCACGCUGGGGUCCGGCCAGAUCAGCAUCGGCUCCGGCCACAUCCCCAACCUGCAGACGGUCACCGUGAACUCUGUGGCUCAGGCAGGGAUCCAGUUCCAGCAGGCGGAUGAGACAGACAGCCCAGGAGGUCAUUAUACAGGGCAAUACAUUCACAUAAAAGAGGAGCCGGAAGAGGAGUGGCAGCUGAGCAGCGACUCGACUCUGAACACCAGCGACCUGUCGCACCUCCGCGUCAGGCUGGUGGACGAGGACGGCGAGCAGCUGGGGCAGGAGGGCAAGAGGCUACGGCGGGUGGCCUGUACCUGCCCCAACUGCAAGGAGGCUGGAGGAAGGGGCUCAAACAUGGGCAAGAAGAAACAGCACAUCUGCCACAUUCCGGGCUGUGGUAAGGUGUACGGGAAGACGUCUCACCUGCGGGCACACUUGCGCUGGCACUCCGGGGAGCGCCCCUUCGUCUGCUCCUGGUCUUUCUGUGGCAAGAGGUUCACACGCAGCGAUGAGCUGCAGAGGCACCGGCGGACACACACAGGAGAGAAGAAGUUUGUCUGUCCCGAAUGUUCCAAGCGCUUCAUGCGCAGCGACCACCUGGCCAAGCACAUCAAGACACACCAGAACAAGAAGGGCACGAACUCUGGCGGUGGGGGCGGCGCGGUGGUGGCCAGCGCCGACUCCACGGCCUCGUCGGACAGCCUGAUCACGGCCAGCGGCACCACGCUCAUCCUCACCAACAUCCAGCAGGGCCAGCAGGAUGUGCUCUCCACCACCGAGAUCCCCCUCCAGCUUGUCACCGUCUCGGCCAGCGAGGUCAUGGAGUGACCACCACCCUCCAGCGUCCCCACAGGCCCCCUGCACCUCCUCCUGAGCACCUCCUCCUGAGCUCCCCCUUCGCCUCCACGCCCCCAACCUCACGGCCUCAACUGCAUCGGAUGAACUUCUCCUCACUUGUCUGUUUAUUUCCUUGUUUAUUUCUUCUUCUUUGUUUUGUACACACGCAUACAGUAUAUAUAUGUACGUAAAUAUAUAUAUAUAUAUAUAUUUUAACAAGAGGAAAUGAAAUUAAUUAUCAGUUUCAGCUCAUGUAAACACACACUGAAAUGCCUUAUUUUGGAUCAUAAUCUAGCAGUUUGUUUUUUUGCAUGUGCUCUCCGAGCUACUUUUCCAUAAAUGUUAGUUUGAAUGGAGACGCGAAGGACGGCGUCAGAAGUCAUAGGAAUCUCUCGAGUGCUGUGAGUCUGAUGUGUUUGUAAAGUUGUGGUGGACGUGUGUGUUCGUUGUUGGCCAUGGGUUGAGGGUGUGUGGCACUACCUAACACGUGAAGCGUUAAUUUCAGCAAGUGUCUAAGCUUCUGAUUGGGCACAGCCAAGCAGCUGCGGCAGCCAGCACUCGUGAGUCUCUCAGUGGUGCACCAUGUACAUUUAAUUACACAGAAUUUCCUCAAUAGCAUUUAUGAAUUGUUCUUGCUUUUUUUUUCCAAUGACAUCUGUUUGAAUGCACGCUUACCUGUCUGGAAGGUUUGCGCGGUCGUCUUGGUGAAUAUUGCAGGGGUCAAAAAUGGAACAAUCAUGUAAUUAAAAAGGUUUUUGUAUAUUUUUUUUUUUUUUUUUCUCUCAAAGGUCUACAGUUGAUCUGCUGUUAUAUGCAUUACUUGCAAAAUCAAGUCUUUGAAGCGGAAAGCUAUUUAUAUUAGGCUUUACAUAGUGAACUGUUCUUUGUGCUAUCAAAAUCUCAUUUUAAAAUUACCUUUUAAAUAUGUAUGAUAUUCAAAGCGUGUAACUUUUGUAGGAGACAAAAAAAACUGAAAAGCAAAAGAUUUUUUUUUUCAAAAAGAAUCAAAAUUCAGAUCCUAGAGUUCUUUUUACGGAAAAAAAAACGUAUGCUUGAGGGUUGAAAAAUUGCCAAAUUUGACUUAAUUCUCAGCGAGACUUGGUCAUGCAGUACUGUCAGGAGGCACAAAGGAGCGAGCGCUCCCCUGCCGUGCCUGAUACUUUAGCAGGGAGUUGCGCACACACACACACACUCACACACACACACACACACACGUGUCAUUUGGUGUCGGACCAAAAGAGGAGCUGAAUUAUGCAGCCGCCAUAUUACCUGUGCUGUGUCAAGCUGUACCUGUCAGGGUUUUUGAAUGACUUCCCCCCCACCCCCUCCAAAUUCCCUUUCUCCCGGCGCCUCCUCCUAUAGCCCUUGCUCCAGACUGUAGCCAGGUUAAGGGAUGCUGCACCUUUAACUUAUUUGUCAUCCAGAGUGCAAGGCAAAUGUACCCUUUUAUUAAUGUUUGCAUCAGUUGCAGUUUGAUAUGAUCUUUUUGUAAAAAAAAAAAAAAAAAUUGGAAAAACAAACUUUUAUAUACUGCCUAGAAUACUGUUAUAAACUUGCUCUGUCAUUGUAUGUAUAUGUCUCAGUAUGACUUAUUUUGUUUUUUUGUUAAUCUAUUCUGUUUUUUCCUGCCUGUUUUUAUCCAGUAGUCUAUGAUUUCUUUCCUUUCUGUCGCUAUGCUCCUGGCGUCGUUGUUCGAGAUUCUGCCAUGUCUAAUUGAAGGGUUGUAGUGAGUUGUGUUUGGCGAUGCUGGAGUAGCGAUUCUUUUUCUUUUUUUUUCUGGAUGUGCUGCAGCCCACUCCAGACCACAUAUGGUUUCACAAUCCACUUCGGUGGAACUGAAGAAUACUACACAUUCAGUGGUAAUAAAUAAAACACUAUUUUUGACAUUUGA